AUGGCUGAUCCGCACAUCACUCACAUUAAAAACAGCAAAUUGCGCAUGCAUCUCCGAUGGGCGAUACGGAGGAUAAAAGCCUUAAGACUUCGAAUCAGGGACAACGAGUUUACAUACUCUAUAUGGAGAUAUCCUCCUAAUCCCAAAGCACACCACCUCCGCGACUCGUUUCUCGACGAUCUCGAAUCCGUAUACAAUUGCCUGAAGGACGGAGAAUACCCACUUUGUGAAAUCUAUGCUUGUCGACUUCUUCCCAAGAGCAAUAUACCUCUGAACAGACACGUUCUUUGCGGAUUCGAAGUCCAUACCGAUCAGCAUUCUUCCAGUGAUGAUUCUAUUGAUAAUGAUGAGAGCAUUAUCCAAACCGACGGCACUAUUCAAUAUGAGGAGGACUUUACAAGCGGAUCCGAGAUCCAGAGCAGCUCCUCAUGUGAAAUCAUUUCCGACUUUAUCGACGGGAGGACAAGAACCAGCAUCGAGAAAUGGAGGCGUGGGGUGCGGAAUGUCAGUAACUUGACAAAUGUCAGCACGGAGUCUCUCGCAAGCAACAAUACUCAAAUCCAUCACAACAUUUAUAAUCUGGAUAUCGACAAUGAGGAACAGCCGGAAGAAUUACAAAACACUGAGAAUGAAGAAUCGUCGUACCCUGAAGCUCAGGAGUUCGAAAAUAUUCAGGGAACAAGUGCAGACUUUAACAGCCACUACGACAGUAGCCCAGCAACUUAUUUCAACUCUGGAGAAUACGAGAGUAACCAUACCACAGCACACACUCUCGAGGGCAACAAUGAUCGUUUCAACCAGACAAACUCCUCAACUCCACAAAUCACUCCGUCCCCCGAGCCCGCGAAUCAAGCUCCUCCUUGGUCCGCUGACCAUCCCAAAACACCACUCCAUCAACUCCUCACAAGGGCACUAGCUACCAGCAACAGCGGCUCUUCCACGCCAAUCACCCCUUCUGUUCAGUCGGCCGAAUCAGGGAGUACAUGCAUCCACUACGAGGUUUUGGCCGGCACACCUACGCCUCUGCCUCUGUCUAUGCCUAUGAAUGUGCCUAGCGACCAAGACUUGAGCCCAAGCCCAAGCCCAAGCCCACACGGCCUUCCUCAAAGCACCCUAGAUUUCGAAUACUCUCCCCAAGCCUUCGAAACCCUCGAAACCCUCGAAAACCUCGAAACCCUCGAAACCCUCGAAGGUGCCGACUCCCAUGACAUGUCCAAUUCCAUCGAACCUGAACCCGAAACAUCCGCCGAUGCGGAUACCAACCCCAUCAUACCCAUUGACUGGCGUCUCGCAUGGCACACUCUCACCGUCUACCUCCCUUACACCCUAGUGCCCGAACUCGAAGACUACCUUGCGCACAUACACGCCAAAUGCCAACGAUACGAGGAAACAUGGCUCCCGAUCUUCCAUAAACGCGACCAGGAGUAUCGCGAAAACCAACGGCGCAAAGAACAGGACGCUCCCCCUGGUAGUGCUUUCAAUUACAAAUAUAAAGAUAAAAUUGGCUGGCCGCUCGAUCGGAAAGAAUUGCACGCUACGACGACGCGUCAGGAACGCUUGCUGGCCUUUGCGGGAAUGAAUGGUAGUGGUCUAGGUGGUUAUAGUCGGCCGCAGGAACCACAGAUGCCUUUUGAGGAAAUGAAUGGGCGGCAGCAGUUGAGGGCCUUUUUUGGGUUCUGA